AUGUCAGACUUCAAGGAGAGUGUGUCCGUCUCACUGCGGGAGGGAGAGGAGGGCGCCGAAGCUCUGGUCCUAGCUGCAGUCUGCUCCAAAGCACCUUUACCCACACGGACACUGGUGGGUCUUGGAGAGGAGACGAUGUCUCCCUCUUGGGCUGGAGACGAUGGACCAAACUUACAGCCAACUGGGGUGGUUCCUGAAGGGGGUCAGGUGCUGAUUAAAGAAGAUCCUGAAGAACACAAGCAUGAUGAGGACCAGCAGGACCAAGAACACCACCACAUAAAAGAGGAAGAGGAGGAACUGUGGAGCGGUCUGGGAGCAGAGCAGCUCAAUGUGAAGCAGGAGACUGAUUCUACCAACUUUACGUUCACUACAGUUCCUUUGAAGCACGAGGAUGAUGAAGAUAAACCUCUAUUCUUACAGCUUCAUCAACACCAAGUUGAAGUCAGAGAUCUUCCAACCAGCAGCUCAGCUCAGGAUUCUGACUCUUCAGAAACUGAAGUCAGUGAGGAUUAUGAAGAGGAUAAUGAUGUGAACAAUCCUGACUCUCASCUGAAACAUUUUGUAGACUCCGGGUCAAAACCUGAUAAAGACUGUGAGUCUUCUCCCAGCAGGGUUCCUGAAUCAGGUGUUAAAAACAACAGCAAUGAACAGAAGUUGUUGUGUUGUAAGCUGUGUGGGCGAAGGUUUACCACAAAGAGCAAUUUAAACAAACACAUGAGAAUCCACACAGGACAGGAACCAUUUAGUUGUGAGCUGUGUGAUMGAAGGUUUACUGAAAAGGGCAAUUUAGACACACACAUGAGAAUCCACACUGGACAGAAACCAUUUAGUUGUGAGCUGUGUGAUCAAAGGUUUACCCAGAAGGGCAAUUUAAACUCUCACAUGAGAAUCCACACAGGAAAGAAACCAUUUAGUUGUGAAUUGUGUGAUCGAAGGUUUACUGAAAAGGGCAGUUUAAACAAACACAUGAGAAUCCACACAGGACAGAGGCCAUUUAGUUGUGAACUGUGUGAUCGAAGUUUUACCACAAAGAGCCAUUUAAACUCACACAUGAGAUUCCACACAGGACAGAAGCCAUUUAGUUGUGAGCUGUGUGAUCGAAGGUUUACCACAAAGAGUGUUUUAAACAGACACAUGAGAAUCCACACAGGACAGAAGCCAUUUUGUUGUGAGCUGUGUGAUCGAAGGUUUACUGAAAAGGGCAGUUUAAACACACACAUGAGAAUCCACACAGGACAGAAGCCAUUUUGUUGUGAACUGUGUGAUCUAAAGUUUACCCAAAAGUGCAAUUUAAACAAACACAUGAGAAUCCACACUAAAAACAAAGCACUCAUAUGACUACUAGGUUGAAACCACACAAGAGGAAAUAGAUUGUCUUUACACACACUUCAAAUAAACGAAGACUUUGUUGCUUUUUGACAAGUUUGGAAAGUCCAGAUGAUGAUGAUGAUGAUGCAAUGGAUCUAGAAACUUUAAUAUGUUUGUUGACAGCACUGGAGUGAUUACAGACACACCUGUGGACUCAUGGCCAACUCUAAAUAUUGUUUAUUUGUGUGACACCCCAGGAACAAUCAAAAMAAAUCAGUCCCGAUGUCAGAAAGAAAACUGUUUAUCUGCACAACUCUGGUUCAUUCAUGAGGUGUGUAUGAACGCCAAAGUUAAUGGACUGAACUUAAAAGAGCAACCUACAAACCUGAGUCACUUCCACCAGUUUUGUCAGGGAGAAUGAGACAAAAUUCCAGCAAACUACUGACAGAAACUUGUGGAAGGAUACCCAAAACUUAAACUCAAAUCAUUCAUUCUAAAGGCAAUGAUACCAAAUACUAAGAACAUUUAUGUAAACUUUUGACUGUAUUAGUUGCUCUGUUAGGUUGCUGUUAUUUUGUCCUCGUCACCAGAGGGCGCUACCGUUACAGGAUAGAGCAGAAGAGACUGAGUUAGGAUGGACAGUAGAAACUGAAAGAGAUGUUUAAUAAAAUGAAGUUUUAUUGCUGGAAUCAAAUGUUUAGUUUAAAUCAUCUUGUUAACUGUGUUUUCAAUAAUUUUCUUGAUACAAGACUGCAGUCAGGUAAUAGUAAAUAUUUGGGUAUUGACAUUUCUCCUAAACUGGAAGACUUAAUAAAAUUAAAUCACAUCCCACUUUUAAAGAAAAUUGAAGAAGAUCUUAUUAGAUGGAAAUCUUUACCCAUAUCACUUAUGGGAAGAGUUGCCUCGAUUAAAAUGAUGGUGCUACUGAGAAUAUUUAUUCUCAGUGAUACCAAAUAAACCUUCUCCUGACUGGUUUAAGUCCUUGGACUCCUUUAUCUCUAAAUUCAUUUGGAAAGAUAAAACCCCACACAUUAGCCUAAAAUCAUUACAGAAAACUAAAGAUACAGGAGGGCUAGAGCUUCCAAAUUUUUAUUACUACUUCUUAGCUAAUAGGCUUCAAUACAUUUCCAAAUGGUUAUAUCCUACCCCACUAGAUGUAACUUGGUUAGAUACAGAACAAACAUUAUGCCAUAACAUUAAUAUUUCAAACCUUCCAUUUAUUAGCACAAAUAUAAAGCGACAUGUUUGCUUUAAAAGCAUCAAUAUCAGACUCCAAGGCAUAUAAGACUCUUACGACCUGAACCAGGACUUAUAAUCUUUGGAUGCCCUCGGGUGCUGGGGACUAUACCUGCUGUAAUGCAGCAGCCACUAGAACUGGGACUGAUUGUUGCAAAAGAGACUAAUCCUAAGAAACUGGAGGUCCUCUGUUCCUCCUUCCUUCCACCUGUGGGUGACGGACAUGAUGUCCAUGAUACAGAUGGAGAGACUUCGGAAAGGCUCUAAAAACACUUUCUCAUGUUACUGGACUCCCUUCUUGGAACACUUUUCGAAGACCAGACUAAGCUGAUCAAACCCAUCUAUGGUCACUCCCCUCUGUCGCCCUCCUGUGUAUGUGUACCCUUGUAUGUGACUAUGUAUACUGUUUGUACUGUGUGGGUACAUAUGUCAACUGCAAUGUUUUAUGCUUUGACCUGUGCAUCUGGGCUUUGUUUUGUCCAUUUAAUUGUAUGUUCUAAACUUUGAAAACUUAAAAUAAAAUUUACAAAAAAAGCAUCAA